AUGUUAGUUUAUAAAGACUCGUUCAAAACGGAUCUAUACGUGUCGGCCAUAUAUACCCAAUUGAUUUGUGCGAUCGGUUUGGUCGCAUAUUUCAAGAAUAGCUACAAAAUCAUCAGAAUAUUCAAUAUGUUUCAAGCGAUGAACUGUCUCUUCUCGGUCUACAUCUCUAUCCGUGUGUUUUCGCUGUCCGUCAUAACUGUUCUCAACCUAACCGUACUCUAUGUCGGCUCCAAAUACGAGCGGACACUCAAAACGCGGCUACAAAACACGGUUAACGGCCAGUCGUCCACCAUUUCCACAAUUAGUGGUGAGAGGGCUACCAGUGCUGUCGACCCGCCCUAUCCCGUCGACCCCUGUCCCUCAUAUGAGGCACCGCCGGCUUAUAGUGAGUUAAUGGUUUGCGGACAGUUGCCUAAACCGAGCUAA